GUGAGACCACAACGAUGGGAAGUCGAAUCUGGCGACUGAAGCAGCCAAGAGAGAGUAUGAAUCUGUUCCUCCCUCUUAUCAUUUCUCUCUCAGCGAAGAGUUGUGUUCUUGCCUUCAAUGUCCGAAUGAACCUAACAGGUUCAUCAACACUACAAGAAUUUUCUAUGUUUCGUAGAACGUAACGAAUGAGCAACACGUUGCAAAGCUGCAACUCUCACAAAAGCUGAUGAGAUACCACAACGUCUCACACCUUGUCUUUCCGGACGCGUGUCCGUUCGGGUCAGCCGCGACGACCGACGCAGCAGUGUGACUUCCCACGUGCGUGCAGGAGCCGAAUAAUAACUCGACGGCACGGAACUCCCCGAUCUCCGCUUCCUUCUUCUUCGGCUCUUCUCCGCGGUGAUCGUCCCCCGCUCGCCGGCGUCCGACCCUCAUCGAAGUUCCCGGUCCCUCUUCAGAAUCCAAUUUUUCGCAAUGGUUGAUACCAUCGGCGUGAGCACAUCCCUUGUCGGUCACCACCUGUUCGACCGAAGGCCCUUUCCCAAAGAAGUUAACUUUAAGCGGCGGAUCGACUUCUGCAGCCUGCUCGUCACAGAAUUUAUGGGGCAGCGGUUGUCGAUCGGCCCUUCUACUUCCAUUGCGACUCCCAGGCAACGAUGCAACCGGUUAAUUGGUUCGACCAUCAGGUCAUUGGCGAUGGAGCUGACAAAGGAAAAGAACCCUUCAAAAGAAGACUGGCGGAGGAUUGCUCAUGAUCUCGAUUACACAACUGAUGCAACAGGCCUAAGCCCUGGUAGAUUGUGGCCUCCUGCGAACAAGGCUGAUGACCCGAUGAUUCACAACCCGCUGCUCCGUCAAAAAAGAAUGGGUUGUGGGUGGUUCACUGUGAUCCUUGAAUUGGAAGGAGUGAUUGUGGAAGAUGACCCUGAGUUGGAGAAGCAAGCCUGGGUGGUGUUAUCUCGAGAAGAGGGAAGAUCGCCACCCCUGGCCUUUGUUUUGAAGAGAAUUGAAGGAAUGAAGAACGAGCAAGCAAUCUCUGAGGUUCUUUGCUGGUCACGAGACUCUACGGAGCUUAGACGAUUGGCCUCACGGAAGGAGGAAAUACAUCAAAGCCUAAGAAAUGGUGGAUGCUAUCAGCUCCGAUGUGGGUCUCGGGAGUUCAUGACUACUCUUGCAAAUCACAAGAUUCCACUUGCUGUGGUGUCCACACGACCGUGGAAGAUCCUCCAGGAGGCAAUUGAGGCUGUCGGUGUGCGAAGCUUCUUUGAAGUGAUGGUGGCAGCGGAGGAUGUGUAUAGAGGAAAACCUGAUCCGGAGAUGUUUGUUUAUGCUGCACAGCUCCUUAAUUUUAUACCGGAGCGGUGCAUCGUGUUUGGAAAUUCUAAUUCAACUGUGGAGGCAGCGCAUGAUGCCCGUAUGAAGUGUGUGGCAGUUGCAAGUAAACACCCGGUUUAUGAACUCCGUGCAGCUGACCUUUUGGUGAGGCGCCUGGAUGAGAUAUCAGUCGUCGACCUAAAGAACCUUUCUGACAUUGAGUCUCCGGAGUUUGCAUCAGAACCGGAGGUGGAGAUGCAAGAGGAAGAUGAUCCAUCUCCAUCGUCUUCGGUGGGCGUUGAUGAUUUCUUCUGGUAAAGUCAUUCGUAUGUACAGCUUAUUGUUUCCGUUCCUGCGACUAGUAAGUACAUGAUCCUGACAUAAAGCAGGAAACUGGGGUCUUGUCUCUUAACUUUAUAAGCUAAAUAUCAUGUCAGUGCUUCCUUUAGACAAUGUACAUACUAAAGCAAAUAAGGAAGAUAAAUCGGUUGCUGGGUGGCCUUCA